AUGGCCAACCAGCCCGUCGACGCGCCCGACGACGAGGCGUACUUGCGGCUCUGCGACGAGGUGCGCGCGGCGCCGUGCGACUCGGAGGGCUGCCGCAAGGUGCCCGGCCGGCUGGUGGAUCCGCCGACGGUGCGCUGCUUGCUAGUGGAGUUUGCUGCGGAGCGCGGCAACGUCACGGGCGCGGCCUUCGAGCCCGAGCUGGCGGCGUGGCGCGGCUUUCAGUUUCCGCCCCUCGCCGCCCUGUUGGGUGACGCCGACGGCACAUCUUCCUCGUGCCUCUCACAGCACUCGCUGUCGGCUGUCGUCAACAACGACGCGUGGCUGGUCGCCAAGGACGCGUGCGACUCCUUCGAUUCCCAAAACGCCGGCGCCACCGUGCCGCAUCGGGAGGCUACCUCCCUCAUCAGCCACUCGCAGGUGGGCUCGAGAGCUUGGCUGCUCCGCCUGCCCGAUGCCACAGUGCCUCGCUCUAUCAUCCCCUCCGACACCUUCCUCUCGGCGUGCCAGCACCGCCUCGGCCUCUACCUUACCGCCCUCGACGACGUGUACAACGCGCUCGAGGAGCGCGGCGUUACCGAGGCGGCCCUCGGCAUCGUGCGCGUCGAGCGGCAGCGCAACAAACUCACCUCGCUGGGCUUGAGUCGCUGCAGCAUCGGCCCAACUGGCGCCGCAGAGAUCGCCGAGUACGUGUCGGGCAGCGGGGUGCUGAAAAACAUCCACCUCAGCUACAACAACUUGGGCGAUGAGGGGGAGAAAGCGAUUCAGGAUGCGGUGAGCGGGCGGGAAGGGUUCGAGCUCGAGAUGUGA